AUGCCGUUGCCACCACCGUCACCGCGGCCACCUCACCAAGGUGCAUUACGGGAGGAUUUACUCGUGCUUCGCCACAUUUUUGAUCUCAAUCUUGGCCGACAAGCACCAGACCCCAUGUUCCUGGGAGAGAACUUGCCGGACUCUUUCAUUAAAGACUUGCUGAUAGUCGGUCUUGAUGUGGAGAAUGCUAAGUGUCCAACUGGAAAUGGAAUAUUUCACGUUGCUAGUAACGAUGCCAACUUCACCGUCCGCGCUUUACUACUCAUUGCUACUGUCGAUGCUAUGGCAGCCAACCAAUCACUUUUGGAGCCUGCUCAAAAGAGUCUUCUCUCGGGUUGCGAAACUAUUGGUAGAGGACCAAUACCUCUAAGUGAUCGUCAGAAAGACGACAAUGAACGCCGGGAAAGAGAGCAAAAUAGGAAAAUAAAAGCCCUCGAGAAGAGGUAUGCGAAGAGGGAAGAGAUGCGGAAGAAAUACAGAGAUAGCGAUCUGGAGGCUCAGAAAUAUGCGGAGAGGCAAGCGAAGCGAGAGAAAGAAAAGGAGGGCAAUUCGAAGGCUCCUGUAUAA